AUGAAAAUUUACCUUACUUUCGUUGCUUUAGUGACUACGAUUCUUUCACAAGUUCUAUUCUUCAAUAAGAAUUUGAAAAUACCAAGCUUAUUAUUAAAUAAAAAUUUCAGUGAUUUCAAUGUAAAACCCAAAUGGAAUUUAUCUUAUGCUCCAUACUCAGUCAAUUGUCCUAAUCAUCAAAUAGUGAGACAUGCUAAUGAAGUACAAAAUCAAUAUAUAUUAAAUCGUAAUGUGAAAACAGAAGCAGUUUUAAAAUCUUUAUUUUAUAAAAAUAAAAUCCCCAAUUUUGAUGUUGAAAAAUUUUGGAUAAAUAAAACUAAACCAAUUAAAUUGGCAAUUGCUUUAUCUGGUGGUGGUUAUAGAUCAAUGUUGACUGGGGCUGGGAUUUUAUCAAGUUUUGAUGAACGUGAAUUAACAAAGUGUAAUAAAUUGAGAGGCAUUUUACAAUCAACUAGUUAUUUUGCAGGAAUUAGUGGUGGAGCUUGGUUAGUUAUGUCUCAAUUUAUAAAUGAUUGGAAACCAAUCACCACGAUGUUAGGAGAAUGGGACUUAAAACAAAGCCUUUUAAAGGGAAUUUCAGAUGUUGAUAAAGAACAAUUGGAAAAGAAAAUAACAAAAAGGAAUAUUUUCCAAUUGCCUAAUGAAUCAAUAACAUGGUUUCAAAGAAUAUUUGAUUCAUCAGAAGGAUCAUUUUUGGAAUAUAUAAAAUUUUAUAAAGAAUUACUUAUUGAAGUUAGAGAUAAACGAAAAGCAGGAUUUCAUGUUAGUUUAACUGAUUAUUGGGGUAGAGCAUUAGCUCGAAAAUUAUUUACAUCAACUGCACGAACUCCAGGUACAACUAUAACAGCUGGUACAAAACAAUUGGAUUCAUUUAUAAAUCAUGAUCAACCAUUUCCAAUCAUAGGAACAAUUGCAAAAAAUCCAAUUGACAAUAUAACUGAUCCAUUAGUCAAAUUAUCAAGUUUAGAUAGUCAAUUAUUUGAAUUUAAUGCAUUUGAAUUUGGUUCAUGGGAUAAUGCAUUUGUUGAUUUAGAAUAUUUAGGUCUGAAAUUAAAAAAUGGAACAAGCCAAGUAAUUGUAAACAAUUCUAAAUUAUGUAUAUCUGGAUUUGAUAAUGUUGGAUUUCUAACAGCCACAUCUUCAUCAUUAUUUAAUCAUAUGUUUAAAUAUUUAUUCAAUUAUAUUGAAAAAAAUCAACUGGAAACAAUGGUACUUUUAGAAGACAUUCUUAAACUUUUUGGUUUUAAUCAUGAAUGGAAGUUAUUUAAUACACCUCAACAACAUCCUGAUCAUGCAUUAUAUUCACCUAAUCCAUUUUGGAAAUUUGGAAAGAAUCAAAUUGCCGAGAACCUUGAUUUGUAUUUAGUCGAUGGUGGUGAUGAUGGUCAAAAUAUUCCUUUCCAACCUUUGAUUGGCAAAGCUAGAGGGAUUGACUUGAUUUUAAGUUAUGACGUUAGUGGUGAAUUUUCAAAUUAUCCGAAUGGAUCAGUUUUGCAACAAACUUGGAAAAGGUUUCAUACAGGUACUUCAGUUCCAACUUUCAAAUCACCUUCAGGUUCAAUUAAAUCAAUAUUUCCAAGAAUACCUACUUCUGAAGAAAUAAUAACUCACAGACUUAAUGAAAAACCUAUUUUUUUAGGAUGUGAUGUAGAAUUAGAUUAUGAAGAUCUUAACACGAAAAAUUCAAAAAUUUAUGAUUAUCUUCCUCCUUUAAUCAUGUAUCAAGCUAAUUCAAAUUAUCUUUAUGAAACAAAUUAUUCAACUUUCAAAUUAAGUUAUAAUGAAAUAGAGGUAAACCAAAUGAUGGAAAAUGGAUUUGAAAUCGCAACUUUUCAUAACUCUUCAAUUUAUGCUACUUGUUUAAAUUGCUUCAUUUUGAAAAGAGACUUUGAUAGAAUCAAAUAUGAUAUUCCCAAAUUUUGUAAAGCCUGUUAUCAAACCUAUUUUGGGUUGACUUUAUUGGUGUUGGUAUUAAUAUUCAUAUUACAUAGAACUGGAUCUAAUGCUGCUUCUCUAGUUCAUGCACAAAUGUCUGACCAAAUUCCAAAUAAACAUCAUGCUACAUCAAAUAAUGGACCAAUAAACAAUGAACCUAAAAAGAAUAAAGUAGAUGUAUCAAAUAAUUUAGUAGAUUCCAAAAAUGAUGAAAAAACAGAUGAUGCCAUAAAUCAAGAAAUAUCAAAGGAUAAAAGUGAAGAAGGAAUAAAAAAACCAGUUACAGAUAAAGAAAAUACAUCAGAAUCAACAGAAGAAUAUGAUCCACAAACUGAUCUUAUAAAAAUAAGAUCAUUAUCACCAAUGACAAUAUUUUCAAAAAGUUAUUGUCCAUAUUCUAAAAAUCUUAAAAAAUUAUUUGAAAAAUAUGAAAUAAUACCCGAACCAAAUAUUGUUGAAUUAGAUUUACAUGAACAUGGAGCAGAAUUACAAACUUAUUUAUUUGAAAAAAGUGGUAGAUCAACAGUACCAAAUGUAUUAGUUGGUUCAUCGUUUGAUUCAAGAGGUGGAAGUGAUGAUUUUGAAGAGUAUCACAAAAAAAAUGAAAUUAUACAAGUAUUAAAUGAUUGGGGACAAGGUAGAUUAUCGGUAAGUAAAAAAGAUACUCCAUCAAAUGCUUAG